CGCACUUAGAUGACGUAAUUACACCUCGACGGGGCACUCGUGAGUAGCGACAAGGGGUUCAAGCACACACAGGUCAGGUUACACUCUGAAUAAACAGAAGGAGACUAAUAAACCAUGGCAGAGAUGCAGUCUGCUGAAGAGUCUGACCUCGAUCCCAACAAAGAUGACCUGCCCCUGCGAGCAAACACUAACCACAUGCUGGUCAGACACUAUGUUCUGGACCUGACCAUUCACUUUGAGAGUAAGACAAUUGGUGGCAGUAUCGUUCUCUUCCUCGAGCCUGGCAAAGGGAAGAGCAUGGAGACCCCUGAUUCUGCCCCCUCUGGGGAAUCCACCUCUCCCUCCCCUCUUUGUGAGCAGCCAAAACAGGAGCCCCAACUCCAUCUCCAGCCACAAGCCGGUGCGAGUCAGACAGAAGUCACAGUGGAGACCUGUGAUCAUAAACAUGUUGAGGGAACUGAGGCACGUUCAUGGCAGGAAGGUGCGUCUGAUGAGUUCACCUUAGUGUUGGACUGCUGCGACUUGUCGGUAUCAAAGGUAGAGGAAGUGGAUGUGGCGUCUGUGCCAGGCAUGAGAGCACUGUUGGAUGACUGCGAGCAGCCUCCUCAAGCAGGAUGUCUCUCGUUCACGCUGGUGGAAAGACUGCUGGCCCUGUCCUCUUCCUGCUGGAAGGAGCAGCAUGAUUUGUACCUCCAGUGCAGUACCGCCCCCUGCCCACAGGGGGCAGCGGCCCUUAGCUUUCACACAGACCGUUGGAGCCUGCAGCUUAGGAAGAGAGGAGUCGGCUCGCCAAGUGGCUUCCCCCGAGCCCUCCGCAUCUGGUACGAGACCAAACCCAAGGGGGCCUCGGUGAGGUGGACCGACACUCAAGAUGGCAGGUGCUGCGUGUACACCAUGGGCUCUCCCAUCAACAACAGGGCCCUCUUCCCAUGCCAGGAACCACCUGUUGCCAUGUCAACGUGGCAGGCCACUGUUGUGGCCCCCGGUGAAUACACAGUUCUGCUCAGUGGGGAGAACCAGGUGGUUCCUGUCCAAAAGGAGUCCGGAUUGUCACGUUGGGCCUAUUAUGUUACCAUGCCAAUGCCUGCCUCCACUUUUACCUUGGCAGUGGGACAGUGGCACGAAGCCCAAGCAAAAUCUGGCACUGGUGUGCCAGUCCUCACUGAGUCGAGCAACAGCAGUACACCAGGUGUGAGCACCUCGGGUUGCAGUAGCGUGGAGAAGCCGUGCCACGGUUCCAACCAGGAGUUCCAGGGCGCUGCUGAUGGCCCGGCCCAGAGCAUGUGCUCUCACGUGGACUACCCGUGCCGCUUCACUCUGACCGAAGCCUGGCGGGAGGCCAUCAUCCCCCACCGCGUCUUCUCUCCUACCUGCCUCCUGCCACAGGUGGAAGCUGUGGUGGUGCCUCACCUGCCCGCCUGUCUGGCUGCCGCCCACGCCGUGCUGGGCGUCCACCCUUUCUCUCACCUGGACGUCCUGAUUGUCCCCUCAGGGUUCUCCAGUCUGGGAAUGGCGAGCCCUCAUAUAGUGUUCCUGUCCCAGAGCGUGCUUAUGGGCCCAGCGCACCUGUGCGGGGCUCGCCUGUGUCACGAGAUUGCCCACGCCUGGUUUGGCCUGGUCAUCGGGGCGCGGGACUGGACCGAGGAGUGGAUCAGCGAGGGAUUUGCCACCUUCCUGGAGGAUGUGCUGUGGGCUAAAGUGCAACAGCUGAGCCUCCAUGAGGAGGAGGACCAGCUGCAUCUGAGGGCUCUGUUGAGGUGGAGGCGUCUCCAUGACGAGCUGCAGAAUGCCGAGCAGGAACUCCAGAUCCUCAGGCCCCACAAGGAGAGCACUGGAGUAGUGUCUGAGUCUGGGGCGUCCACUGUGAAGCAUGGCCUCAACCCAGAGAAGCCCUUCAUGCAAGUCCAUUACCUCAAGGGGUAUUUCCUGUUGAAGUUUCUGGCCAGCUUUACCGGGCACGAGCACUUCCUCGCCUUCCUCCGGCUGUUUGUGAGCUUAUACCACGGACGACUUGUUCUGUCUCAGGAUUUCUUGCGGAUGCUCCUGGAUCACUUUCCAGACGUGAAGAGACGUGGCCUCACCCUGGAGGGCAUAUAUGCAGACUGGCUCGAUGCACCUGGAAUACCUAAGUGGCUGACGGAGGAAAGUGCUGCCUGGCUUCAGUCGCCGCUGGUCACAGAAGUCCAACAGGAGGUCACAAAAUGGAUUCACUUCAGUCGUGGCCAUGGAAAGGGCACCAAGCGGAAGAGAGGGGAUCCCUGUCUGAAGGUGAACUUCAAAGAGAUGGGUCCGGAGCAGACCGUGUUGCUUUUGGAGAUGCUGCUGGAGGAGGAGAAAAUGAGUGCAGGUGUGCUGCAGACCCUGGAGAGAACCUACGACCUGAGGACACAGGACGCUGAGGUCAAGCAUCGCUGGUGUGAGUUGGUGGUUAAACACAAGUACAGCGCAGCCUACAAGGACGUGGAGGACUUCUUGAUUGACAACCAGGCCAUGGGUGUGUACCUGUACGGGGAGCUGAUGCUGCAGGAGGAUGGUCGUCAGCAGGCUCUGGCCCGCCGCUGCUUCUCUCGGGCCCAGGAGCACAUGGACCCGGCCGCCCUCGCCGUGGUGUCCGAGAUGAUCCUGUGACCUCCGACCCGCGAGGGACAGAGAGAGGACUCCUCUUCGACACACCACAGACGGCCCUCCAGAGACCCUCUGCAGUCGGGAGCGAUGAAAACGUCGCAACGCUCUGCUACAGCACACUCCGAGGUGCACUCGCGUCGACAUUAAACAGCGGGGGAAAGAAAUCAAACUCACUGUGAAAAGAGCUCAAUUUCAAUUUCAUUUAUUUGUAUAACUACUGUGGCACAGUAGACUUAGUAGAAUGGCUUCAUUGGAAUCUUUUUUACCACACUUAUAACCAGACCCCGAACAAAGGCCCUAUAGAAUAGUGCACAUUCCAGUAGCCAAUACACACACCACCUGACACCAGGACAAGCAGAUGGUUCAGCUCCUUCAGAACCCUCCCUCAUUUUACUACCCAACUGUAUUUCACAACGCACCUCUACCCUCCCGGCAGGAAUCUCACACGCAAUAAAUUACUCUCCCGUUUUCCGGGGGGCACGGGGCAUGUUUACGCGCUGCGCUGGCGCUGGCGCCCACGCUCCCACUCCCACUCGCGCUCGCUCUCUCUCGCCUCACACACACAAUGCAUUCCAGAGGGUGUCCUCGAGUGUCCUCAACCUCGCCUGAACCCUGGCACUCGCCAAGGUGUCGCUAUUUAGUCUGUGCUCCGCAGCGGCAGCCAGGAGACACUCUGCCUCCCGUCUCAGACUCACCGCCUCCUCCUCCUCCUCCUUUUCGUCCUCCUCCCUCUUCUUCUCAGACAUCUGCAAUGGAAAGCAAACAGGCUAUUUUAAGGCAAAUGGUUGCUUCUCAGAAGGGCCCAACGCCCAGAGCAAGAACUACGCGACAUCUCCAUACACCCUGUAGUUACAACAUGGUAACAACAUCGGUAAUUAUGACUUAUACGUGCCACGUUUGAUGCAGCGUCUUCCCCUGUGGCCUUGCACUGGGUUCAGCUUGCAGUUGCCAGUAACAGGAGAUAUUAUCGAAGAGACGACAAAGAUACUAAGUAAGAGUGAGACAGAAUUACUUUGGCAAAGGGGUUUUCAGUCUAAUAUACACAACAUGUGAGAAGUCUCUAUCGACCUCUGGCUGAAAAGGACCAGAAAUGCAGUCAAGGACAUGACACAUAUCCAUUAUGCAUAACUACUGGCUUUUUAAUUGAUUUGAGCUACUUUUAGUGUAUAACGCAAGAUUCCAACGCUAGUGCAAAGUAAACAUUUUCAUUAUAGGCAUCUUUAGAAUUUCAGUUGAGAUGCUGAUAUUAGUAAAGGUGUUGAUGGCUUUGUUUAAAAAAUACAUUGUGCCUUGGUACUGUGUUAGACUCAAAUAACGUGGUCAUGUCAUGGUCAUUUUUUUCACUCCUUUCUGCGGUGUUUUGUGUCACCACUGAACACUUUCACUGUUUUUCACCUUUCACUGUGAACUCUUGAAGAACAGCUCUAUGUCAGCUUUUGUGGUCUUGCGGUCAGACAAGUUAUUUCCUUGAGGUACACUCACCGAUAAGCCCUACGAAAAUGUUUUCAAUUCUGGCUUUGCACGUUGUCUGACCACAGCCAUGAAUGUCCAAGUCCAAAUUUAUGUUUGUCAUGAUGGUGAAAUAUUAUCUGAAAGUUUCAGCAACCUUUCAUCAGUUAGGUGAUUUCCUCUUCCUGCUUUUGUAAGUGGCAGGGGAAUUUUACAGUAAACAGUAAACCUGUUCAGUUGGGAACAUUUAAUAAAAUAUUACUGGAGUCCAAUUGAAUGUUUUUACAUAAUCGAAAUGUUUGUAGUUGUAUGCUGUCAUACUUCUAUGGUAUAUCCAUUGUCUUUAUUUUCAUCCUUUAUUUCUUUAGAAUUGAUGGAUGUCAAUUGAAUCACUGCACUGCAACUCUACACUUUUAUCAGUACUUGGGUUUGUACAGGUGUAUAGGGGUUCUCUUUGUAUAGGUGUAUAGGGGUUCUCUGUGUAUAGGGGUUCCCUGUGUAUAGGGGUUCCCUGUGUAUAGGGGUUCUGUGUAUAGGGGUUCUAUAUGUAUAGGUGUAUAGGGGUUCUUUGUGUAUAGGUGCCCCUUUCUCUGCCAGCUGAGCCACGGUAGAAGUAAAGCUUAAAAAACAAACAUGGCUGCUGGGCUAACCUUUCGAAUGAGCUGCAAGGCGAUGGCAUCGCCCGGCACCGGUGAGAAGACGGCGAGGCUGAGGAGGAGACGCAGGGCCAGCCUGGAGGAGACGAGGGAGAGGAGAGACUCGGCCACGGUGUCCAGCGCACGAGGAGGAGGAGGCGUUGGACUCAGACACACACCUCUCAGGUCACCCCAGACCUGCUGCACACACUCCUGGACACACACACACGAACACAGGGGACCAGAUCCAUCAUCCAUCCAUUAAGAACUGCAAACAUCUGGUUUACAGAAGCAGAUCUAUUCCGAGCUGGGCAAACACAAUGACACAAUCCAAUAUAAAGUCUGACACCAGCAAUGUCACACUGUGUAUAAACACAAGUCAAAAAUAGAAAGUCAAACUAUCUUCUAGCAACCUA